GCAGAUGCGCACCAGCGUCGUGCAAAAGAGCGUGCAGGGGCCUUCGACUCGUUCCAGAAGCCACAACAGGUCCUCUGAUGCAUCCCCUCAGCCUGAACACGCCGUUGAGCAACCGCACCAAGCAGAAGAGCCGACUGCCUGCGGGGCACAGCCUGGUGCUGUUGGCUGUGUAUUGGGUGUUUGCUCUUGUUCCUCUGGUUCCUCUGGGUGCCGCUUCCUCCUGCACGGUCCCAGCGUCUUGCGCUGAGACCAUCAUCGACUUCGACACGGACCAAUCCGUCCAGUUUGCUUCCUUCACCACCACGACGGAGAACAGUGGGCAGGGAUGGCAGCUCAUGACAGAGGACAACACGGCGUGCCCAUGGAUAGAUUCGAUGAAUCCCGGUGCGUGCCUUCGUGCUGGGCGAGCAGACGAACCGUACAUGAGCCCCGCCCCGGUCUUCAAUGAGCCGCGGGACCGGGGCGUACUUACUAUUGAGCUGCAAAACAAGCGGUUCAACUUCACUGACUACCCUGGGACCUUUUCGGAGCAACGGAAGGUGUCGUUUGACUUGAGUGUCGCCACCGAGUACGCCAAAGAGAAUCACGGGCGGCCGUGAUGUUUGGAAUGUGUUUUCUCUCUGUGCAGAUAUGACUACGACAUGCUUGAGUUCUAUGUCAAUGGUGAGUCUAAGCCAACCAGACAGAAAAUGACUCACUUCCUUUUGUACCGUUCAGGCAAGGAAGUGAAGCUCAACAUCUGCGGCACCGGCUAUCGCAUCCCAGCCUCAGGCUGCCCCUCCGUCAGCGUCCCUCCAGAUGUGCAGGACGGUGUCAACACCUGUCAGCAAUGGAACGCGGUUGCGCAGAACCAGUGGUAUGGAUAGUGCUCGACGGUGAUGGGCCGGGGGGAGAGGGGGACACACAGGUGAGUGAAUGGAUGAAUGAAUGAAUGUGUCCAUAUCAUAUCAGGAUCACUGUCGAGCACUACUUGUGGUUCGAUGAGGUAAAGACAGAAAAGGAGAGAUGCGUCGCCAUUCCGGGGGGUGCGUGUGUCGUGCCGACGUGUACAGAACAACAAGAACGAUUUCUAUACAUUCACGUGGGUGUUCCGGAAGGACUCGUCCAUCAGCAAGUGUGAGGACAUCGCCUACAUCGACAACAUCAAGUUUGAGGGCCUCGUGCUGGACAGUGCAGGCGACGACGGCUCAUCGUCCAAUGACUUCUCAUUCGACAUGGAAGACGGCCUCCUGCCGCCAUUCCAAUAUGAAGAGGUUCAGUCAGCCGAGGGAUGGCAAGUCGCCACCGACCGUAAGCAGAGAAAGAGUUACAAGGACUCAUUGCCACCUGUUCUCGCACUGACGCUUUUCAUGGGUGUCUCAUCAGCACACGACUCGACCAACUUGGCCCUACGUUCCGGCCAGGAGGGGUCCGGCGACCCAGAGGACAAUGCCAACGUGACGAUGAAAAUCGUCAAGACACUGAAGCUUGGUGGUGAGCAGCAAGUCAGCUUCCGCAUCCACGUGGACACCGGUACGACGCGAAACGACGAGAGAACUUAUCAAACGCUGGCAACUGUUCUGUUGCUGACUGCUCUUCCCUCGGCACUCCUUUUUCCUCCGUCGUUUUUCUCAUUCAGAGUUCCAGGAUAUCUUCGUAUUCACUAUCGACGGCAUGGAGUACUUUAGGUAUGCACAUGCGUUCGUCUUCUUACCACUAGUAUCCAUGCCUGUGUUUGACUGCGCCUAUCAAGGGCUGAAGGGUACUGGCAGUGGCAGCCCGUUUUCUUUCAAUUCUUCCCAACUGUCAUAGUAAGUCAGCAAUGGUCGAUGCCCCACGAACGACACCACUCUUUUUUAAACGCACCUGUGUCACAGCCAACGGUUUUUGAGUGGACGUACUCAAAGAACGACUUUUCGAGAUCGGGGCGGGACGUGGUAUUCGUCGAUGACAUCCUGUGAGAUGGCGAAAGCAUAUGUCCGAGAGCGCUCUUUUGUUCACCUUUUCGUAUCUGCAGGAUCACUGGUCUGGCCCCAUACGUGACCACGAUUGCAGACGAGGGCACGACUACUGUGGCCACAGCGAUGCUCAAUAUUACGCACAGCAACUAUGACGAUAACCAAAACAUCAAGUGUCUCGUCCGUACUUCACAAAUAUCAGGUUCGCCAAUCAGUACACAUGGCCUCCAUCUCUCUGACUAUGUCCGCCUUUUAGGUCCAAUCAAGGGCGACCACGAGUGGACAUGUGAGCGUGGAGCUCGCUGCCUCAUCGGAGAGGAAGACGAACCACUGCAAGGGACGAGCCUCUACAGCGCUGACAGGGUGGCACUUGCCCUGCCGGGGCUCUGCGGCUCCUACCUCGAUCGUGUCGAGCGCAACCCGGCGUAUGUGGGGGCCAAGGAAGCAGACGUGAUUGGCGCGCAAGACUAUCUACACAUGUCUUUGGUAUGUGUAGAUAUCUCUACGACUGCGACGGCAAGAUACAUGACUUUGGCCUAAUCUACAAGACGUGAGAGAGAAGAAGGCAUCUCACGCAAACACGGAAGGAUGAUCUCCUCCCUGCGUUCUGUAUCUCAUGCAGUGCCGGGGUUUAUGACGUCUGCUGGUGUCAAGGUGAGACGGAUACCAGUGCUCGUUGCCGAGACCCCGCCAAUUACAACGUCAAUAUCGGCACACUCAAUCUUACAUCGGGUACAGAAUGACAGACGCAUCGUAAUCGCUGUACCUGCUGUGUCUCCAUGAGUGCAGAUUCGCAACCGCCGCGAGCUGAAAUCUUGUCUUUUGAGGGAGUCAGCAGUGCUAUUACGUUGAAGGUCCAGCCUUCGGAGCCUUCAUACGGUGCGCAAAGUCGCACUUCAUCUCAAUUUCUUGACAUUCGUAUCUUGCACCUCCUUGCCACAGUGUGGUGUCUUUUGAAGGACCAGGCCGUCGUGGACUUUCCCAGUCUCACCACCCAGCUCGCUCAAUGGAAGCUCAAUACUCCUCCUGCAUCCGUCGAUGAAGCAACAGCAACAGCAACAACGACCGGAACAGCCGCGACAACAGCAGCCACGGGAAGCACUGUGGUCCCGUAUGCUGGGCUGUACUUCAGCCAGCCGAAGCUCUCGCUCGAUUACAUCAUCGACGAAUACUGGACCGUCACGGCGGUCAGCGGGCCCAACACGACGUACGGCUUCCGUUCUUUGAAGGAAAAUACAGCUUACCACGCAUUCUGCUACGCCGGUGAGCUGACAAGGCUUCACGUGCACCGGUGAAAGCAGCGGUUGGCGGCUUUUCAGAAGACGAAGAUGGCAAUGCGAUGACUACUGAGCGAGUGCGACUUACGCGAAGAACAGUCAAGACUGGAUGUAGGAAGCUGACAAUAACAUUCGUUCUUCUUUUCUUAUGUCUCUACGUAACUGUCACUGUUUGCAGUCUGCGGAUACAUCCGUAUGAAGCAACUGGAUUCCUUUCCCACUGAGAUCGGCUGGGAGCUGAUGGAUACCAACUGCUACAGAGAGCCAAACUCCUACCAAUCGUACGGCAAGAAACUGACUCUGCCUUGUGAGGUCCGGAAUCUGUCUUGUUGGACAGAGCUUCUGGGACCCAAUGGGACGUCUGCUGUAUUCCUCCAGGCACCUACACCCUGAGACUUAAGGACUCAUAUGGGUUCGAUGUAUAGCGCUUCUGUACGUUUUGUUUACCCUCAUUUUCUCUCCCUGUCCGUUGCAGAGACGGCUGGAAUGGUGGCAUCCUUCAGAUGGCUUUCUACGAUUGCAAGGCAAGCGAAGACAGAAGCCGUGUGUCAGAUAUGGUUGUUCAUUAUUCAUUUUCCGCUUUUUCAGUGGUUUCGGACAUAUGGCGACACAGAUGAUACCGACGGCACAAGAUUUGACAGCGGAGGAGUGUUUGACGAGGAGAUAACAAUACCCGCCACAGAACCAAGUAAUGAAAAUGAGGCUGUAAAUAAGCUGUCGCCUUUGGUCUUGUCCUUUUGUUUGCCAGCGACGGUACCCGGCGCAGCUGUGUUAGCAGAGUGUGUCAUCAAGGAAGGUACUGAAGGCUAUUUUCGCAUAUGGGACAGGUCAUUGGCUUCGUGCUAUCGUUUGGGCAGAUUGCAAUGGUGGCGCCUGUAUGGCGAGCCAGCGAGGGGACGGGGCCUGCCAGCAGGAGUGCAGGACGGCUGACUGCAAUUGGGACGACGGCGAUUGCGGUGAGUCAAAGAAGAAACGCGCCAUCCCUCCGGAUCUUCUUUGACGAUAUUCCAUCGGUCAGACAUCACGGCUCCAACGUUGACGUACUCGUCGGUUUUCGGGCUGGACACUCAGUGCAUAGUCCGCUUCACAGUGAAUGAGCAAUGA